AUGGCGGGCCCGCGCCGCAAGCGAGCACGUGCACUGCACGCGCACCCAACAGUUGUACGUGAACAUCGCGCACACUACACAUAUACCUGCCCACGUCUGUACAUUAGACCUGCGCGCGGUACAUCGCGGGCCCGCGCCGCAAGCGAGCACACGCACUGCACGCGCACCCAACAGUGGUACGUGAACAUCGCGCACACUACACAUAUACCUGCCCACGUCUGUACAUUAGACCUGCGCGCGGUACAUCGCGGGCCCGCGCCGCAAGCGAGCACACGCACUGCACGCGCACCCAACGGUGGUACGUGA